AUGGCCCCACGCCGCGCCCGGUGGCCGAGCGCCAGGCCCGGCCGGAGGGCCCACUUUCCGGAGCCCGGCCGGGAGCUCUUGCAGCCGGCCACAGGCACCGCGGUGGUCAUCCGCGUUCACGGGGGUACCUCCGAGGCAAUGCUGGCGCGUCACCUUGCCUGGGCAAGCCGACUACAGGACUCGGAUGCCAGCAGAGCCAUCCAGACCUGGAUCUUGGCAGACGAAACUUUCCCUGCCCCAGGAAGUCAACUUCUCAUGCUUGACCGCAAUGUUGGCAGGCAUGGACACCAUCGCCCGACGUGUUUCGAGUGUGUUGGCUGCAUGUUGAUGGUGACCUGCUCCCCGCAGAAGCCAGCAGAUGGCCUGGUUUCGAGCGAAGUACGUGCCGUUCUUUACAAGAUGCAGGUAUGGCCAGAGCUCGUGGCGAAGCAGGUCACUUGA